UAACGCGCAGAGAGAGAUAGAGAGAGAGACGAGGCGCCAGUUCUGCAUAUGCUUUCACUGCACACGAGGAACCACACCAACUGCACCAUCCCAACCCAACCGACUCUCUCUCUCUCUCUCUCUCGCACACAUUUGUUUUCAUUCUUACCUUCAAGCGCUCUAAACUUUGGGUGUAACUGCGUUUAUGGGUGUGUGCAAUCAUCAUAUGUUAUAGCUUUGGCUUUGGAAGAUCAGAAACCGUGUGUUUCCAGCUAUGUUUCGUUCGAAGUGGUGGUUUCUCCGUCCGUUGUGCCCCCUUUCGUUUGCUUUAGAAACAAGUUGUCGUACUUGUAAAUGAAAGUAAAAUACUCCUACGUAUUUUGGCCGUAGUUUUUUUUUCAUUUUCUUUCAUUUUUCUUCUUAUGUUUUUUUAAAAAUCUGCCGAAAAUUUGUUUUUACUUUUAUUUUUUGUGGUCGUAUAUCUGAGAAAAUCAAGAGUUCUGAAUUUCAUGGAUGAUUUGCUGGCUUGAGUUCUGUUCAUCGGUGCUUGAAUGCUGGAAACUCCGCAAUGUAGUGGGAUAUGGAACUGUUCGAAGCUAGCAAGUUCAGUUUUUUCCCUUCUGGGUCUUCUUCAACUUAAGCAUUUAGAAGGGAUUUACUUCGUUUUGGAAUGUACAUUUGGUUCAAGACGCUAAGGGGGACCUGAUUUAAGUGGUUUUGAUGAGUUUUCGCUCAGACCCAUGAAGAACUUAUCCUGGUUUAAGCAGAUGUCCACCAACGGGAAAUCUGGGAGGAGGCUUUCGCUCGGAGAGUACCGGCGGGCGGUAUCGUGGUCCAAGUACUUGGUGUCGUCGGGGGCGGAGAUAAAGGGGGAGGGAGAGGAGGAAUGGAGUGCAGAUAUGUCGCAGUUAUUCGUCGGCAGCAAGUUUGCAUCAGGGAGGCAUAGUAGGAUUUAUAGGGGUUUAUAUAAGCAGACGGAUGUGGCCAUUAAGCUGAUAAGCCAGCCGGAAGAGGACGAGGACUUGGCUGCCAUGCUUGAGAAGCAGUUCAUUUCGGAGGUUGCUUUGCUAUUUCGGUUGCGGCAUCCGAAUAUCAUCGCUUUUGUUGCAGCUUGUAAGAAACCUCCGGUGUUUUGUAUCAUCACUGAGUAUUUAGCUGGAGGUUCAUUGAGGAAGUACCUCCAUCACCAGGAGCCACAUUCUGUUCCAGUCAACCUAGUUCUGAAAUUAGCCCUUGACAUUGCACGUGGGAUGAAAUAUCUUCAUUCUCAAGGGAUACUUCACAGAGAUCUGAAAUCAGAAAAUCUGCUGCUCGAUGAAGAUAUGUGUGUGAAGGUAGCAGAUUUUGGUAUUUCAUGCUUAGAGACGCAGUGUGGCAGUGCAAAGGGUUUCACAGGCACUUACCGUUGGAUGGCUCCUGAAAUGAUAAAACAAAAACACCACACAAAGAAAGUCGAUGUUUACAGUUUUGGCAUUGUUCUAUGGGAGCUUUUAACUGCAUUGACUCCAUUUGAUAACAUGACUCCAGAGCAGGCUGCAUUUGCAGUCUCCCAUAAGAAUGCAAGACCACCAUUGCCACCCACAUGUCCUGCUGCAUUUAGUCAUCUCGUCAGCAGAUGCUGGUCAAGCAAUCCAGAUAAACGACCACAUUUUGAUGAGAUAGUUUCUACCUUAGAAAGUUACGUGGAAUCCCUCGAGCAAGAUCCCGAGUUUUUCUCAUCCUUCAAACCUUCCUCUGAUCACACCCUUUUUCGAUGUUUGCCAAGAUGCAUUGCUCGUGAUAGAUCUGCUUCUUUAAAAGCUUAAAGCCUCUUCCUUAGCUACCUAUGAUGCAAGAAGUGUAUCAUAUGAUUGUCUGGCUUAUCUGUUCAAUUAUGAUUAUGGACUUUGUAAAAGAUUUUGCUUUAUAUAUAUAUAUAUAAUUUAAGUAAAAUAA